AUGUCACGAUCAUCUUAUGACCGAUAUCUCACUGUGUUCUCUCCUGAAGGAAGGUUAUACCAAGUCGAAUACGCAUUCAAGGCUAUUACAUCAGCAGGUAUUACUGCCGUAGCUGUUAGAGGGAAAGAUACAGCUGUUAUUAUCACUCAACGGAAAGUACCUGACAAGCUACUCGAUCCUGAAACGAUCACUCAUUUAUUCCAAAUCACUCCUACUAUAGGAUGUGUAAUGACUGGAUUAAUAGCCGAUGCAAGAGCUCAAGUACAGAGAACACGUUCUGAGGCAGCUUCAUUUAGAUAUAAGUUUGGUUAUGAGAUAUCACCUGAAGCUUUGGCUAAAAGAAUGGCAAACAUCAACCAAGUAUACACGCAAAGAGCAGGUAUGAGACCGUUAGGUAUCUCUAUGAUUUUGAUUGGACCAGACGAUGAGAGAGGACCACAAGUAUUCAAACUUGAUCCUGCAGGCUACUUCACAGGUUAUAAAGCUACUGCAUCAGGACAAAAGCAAACUGAAGCCACUAAUUAUUUGGAGAAGAAAUGGAAAACUGUGGAAUCUGACAAAACGGUAUUAGAUAGAGCAGGUGUAAUUGAAAUCGCCAUAGAAUGUCUAUCAUCAGUCGUUCAGACAGACUUCAAAGCUUCAGAAAUCGAAAUUGGAAUUUCAUCUACAUCAUCCGAUGAAACUAGUAUCGAAGGUCAAGAAGGAAGAUUCAGACAGAUGGAUGAGGAAGAAAGAGGUGAAUGGUUAGUCAGAGUUGGUGAGAAGGAUUAA